UUCGCUGCCGUGGUGUUUACUCUUCGGACGCAAAACAACAGGAUUGCAGCUCUGCUAUGGACUAGCUCACUUGUUUGUUUAAGAGUAAAUACGUCGUUAACAUGUCCGUAGACAGAAAUAUUUGGAUAAAAUCUACGGACAAGACUAAAAGAAGGAAAUUUUCCGUUGACAAACCGCGAAUGGGGUUCGCUCAGUGUGUGUAGGCGCAUGCAUCCAUGGUGCGGCGAUUCGGUGCACAUUGUGACACGCAUACAGCGACGUGUUCAACCAUAUCGAGAUCGUUUAGUUCAUCGUCAACGCAGUACCACGGUUGUGUCCCUGACAUCCGAGUGUUUAGUAGAGUUUACUCUCGUACACACAGUGAAAUCACAGCUUAAGCAGCUAGAAAGCGCAAGAAAACACAAAAUCGGAAACAAAUUGUAUCGUGCACGUUUUAAAAGACCAACUAUAUUGAAAUCCGUAGCAGUAUCGCGUCGGACGCUGCAAAACGUCAUGUCCAAGCGGCAGCCAUGACGGAUUAGCAGAUGAAUUCACAAUAACAUCAGACAACAAUAAAACACAUCGACUUCGUAUUGAAUAGCUCGGCAAAGCCCGAGCAUUUCACCAGCUUUUGGUUGAACAGGAAGCAAAAUGGAUGUUAGCUGUCCGCAGCAACUCUGAAAACCAAGGAGCCGUAAAGGUCAGCUAUGUACUAGCGACCGGUAUGGAACUUUCCAGCCGAGGUGCAAACUAAAUGCUGAGGAAAAACUUUACACCAAAAACACACGGGAAGAGUUAAGCAUCACCCUGAGUUGCAAUGAAUCUUAUGGCUGGUCGGGAACGUAAGGAACCCCAGAGCGGCGUAGCACAGCAUCGGACCAGUCAGUCGGAAUGCGUACGUAGCCGUUGUCGGUUGUAAAACGGUUUCUGAAGGAGUAGACAAUCGCAUUCUCAGGAAGUUCACCGUACUGUGGUCAAGAUUCAGCUGAAACUGACGCAUCGUUGUGAAAAAUACGUUGUAAGCGCAAAAGCAAGCAGUAAAUAUGUCCAAGUGGAGCAAACCCCAGGGAGUAGUCGUCCCGCUCGAGUCGCUGUUGAAGGAACGCCGGAAGGAAAACUGUCCGGCACCUCGUCGUUCGGCAGGGCUGGUCGGCCGCUGGGGAAUAACUAGCUUCACAUCCAUUCGCAAUCGGGGCUAUGUGGUUGACUACGGAAAUGUUAAUCCGAAAGAACCCAGUCUGGAGCUUGGCGCGGGAGCCGGCGACUCUUCAGAUGCCAUCUCGAAUAUGCUCGGAUCAUCCGUGGAAGAACCGGCCCGACCGCGGAAGUUCUUCAAAAGUCGCAAUACCGUCCUCCCUCCCCCAAUGCCACCCGGAGACCUACAACAACACGGUGGCUUCCUGCCGCACAAUUCUCCCUUUGAGGUCGCACAAGGUGCGGUGGCCACCGAUAUGUGGAACCACUCGAGCACGACGCCUCCACAGCACUUUUACCAGCAGCACCAGCUACCUCUGUCGGCGGCUACCCCGCAGGUCUCCCCAACCGGUCCACAAUCGGCGAACGUUGGUGGGCUGCUGCACGCCGGGACAACCGAUGGAAUGAUGACGUACGGUGCACCACAGCCACCGAUGUUGCCGUUACAACCGGUGAAGGAAAAAGCACCACGGAAGAAGAAACGAGCCUCGUCCGAGGUUGCUGCCUCUGAACCAGCGGUGAGUCGUAAACCGGUAGGUAGACCGCCAAGCAAGAAAGAAAAGAAAGAGAAAAAGCCAAAGCGGGCACGCAAAGAAACAACGGAGGCGGGAACCAUCGACGGGAUAUCAUCGGCUUUGGGAGGCACAGAAGCAGCGGAAUCGCAGCCGAAGCGCAACUCAUCCCGCAUCCGCAAUCGCGUCAUCAACUACAACGAGGAUGAAGAUGACAGUAAUGAUUACGAACGAGCCAGAACGGUUACAUCCCGGGCACAGCCAACUCAAAACACAUCGUCUGAUCAUGGGUCCACUCCGGAUUCAUCGUCCCUGCAAGCGGCGUCGAAGGAAUACUCACCACGACAAUCGUCUUCCGGUGAUGGUGACAGCGAAUCGCUCUCAUCUAAACCAGCCAUCGCCACGAGUUGCCUACCUUCCCCAUCGAUAUCCGAGCAUCGUCCAAUCUUAUUGCGUAUCUCCAAGGGAACGUCGAUGCUGAUAACGGACAACGAAGAGCCACCUUGUAAUAAUCAACAACAGCAGCAACAACAGCAGCAUGUACCGGUUGAGGAUGCACCACCGGGAGUCGAGGUAAAUUCGUCCGAGUCGUUAACAACGCCGAAAUCGACUGGUGGUUGCUUGAAAACGUCGCAGCAAACUGGGCCUACUGCAUCUACUUUGGAAGACAAUCUCUCCUCGGCACGGCCGGUCGCGUACGUUUCCUCGUGUGCUGCCGGUUCCGAUGCCGGUUCGGUGUCGAAGUCGGAAUUGAAGAUAAAAAUUUCGCUGGGAGGCAAACCGUUGAUCAGCAGCACGACAGGUGCCGGAUCGGGUGCGAACACCGCCAGCGUGGGGGGUAAGCUGAAGGAAAGCAAGAGCAGCAGCAAGUACAACUUCAAGAAGCGGGCGAUUGAGCGCGAACGUGCCCGCCAUCAUUUGUCUUCGAAACGGAACAAGCCCGCGGACGUGACGGCUGCGAGCGAAGACACUGCGCUGGAGGACGAAUCGGGCCGACGUUGGUUCAGUAGCGAGGCGACCGCAACAACAUCCACCACGACAGCAGUAGCCGCAGCUUCAACAGCAGAUCUACCACCGCCACCACCACCACCCGUGUCUUCGUCGACUGUGUCCAGUCCGAACUAUUUCUCACAACAGCAGCAGCAACAACAACAGAUACGGCCACCAUCGUCGGGUGCGGUGGUAGCGGGACCUUCGGUUGGCGAGACGACUGGAACCCGCGCCCCACGGCACAGCUUUCCCCUACCCGGUACGGACACGUACGAGGUGUUCCGCACGCUAUCCUCGCUAUCCGGUGGGGAUGACUUUGACUCCCAGAGCUCCAUCCUGGGCAGCGCGUCAUCGGAUAACACGCCUAAGCACACACUACAGGAGCCCGGGGAGGACUGUCAGAUCAUUCACAGCCGCGGCUCAAGCGACUGCGGCAGUGACCUGGAGUUGUCGCAAAACAGUUCUACCGCAGCAGCACCCCCAUCGGACGUAUACUCGGAGGGUGAAAACACGCAGGAUAACAACCAAUCCCAUCACCAGCAGCAGCAGCUGAACGCAUUUGCAACCGCUACACCAUCGGUUCCGGCUGUCGAAGUGGUCUCACAAUCGGCCCCGGCAGCCGCCAACGAACGCCAACAGCCGGAGGAACGGGUUGAAGUGCUGAAGAUCAACCUAGCGCAAGCGACUGGUAAAUUCGACGACGCUACCGAUAGUGCGCGUCGCGUUACGCGUAACAAAACGAAGCAUCUCACGGAGGACAAGGAGCAGCAGCAGCAGCAGCAGGCACCUGCAGUGGAGCAGCCUGCGAAACAGCUCACCCUAAGAGUCGGCCGAGCGGGGGGUCGAAGUCGCAAAAACACUAACAACAACAACAACAAUGUGAUCGCCAGCAGUAUGAGCGAAAAACGGUCACGUAAGGCGCUGCAGCAGGAAGAACCGGAUGCGGAGGUAGCCACUUCGACGCCGCUGCCCGAGGUGAACGAUAUCGCCGAGGUCGCCGUGGCCGAGAUUGACCGAGACCACGCGCAACAAGCGUGCAGUGAGGGCGUUGGGGCUGGUAGCCUUCGGAGCGGUUCCGAUUCGCUUAAGGUACCGGCAGCCAGCGCAACCAAGCCAGCCGCUACGCGUCAGUACAGCCGAAAGAAAAAGAAUGUCGUACCGGUAGACUACGCUGCGAUGGCCGAUACUACCGGUGCGCCGCAGGAGCUGUCGCUACCGCAGACUUCCACGGCCCAGUGUCCGCCGUUGGUGACCGCCUCCAGCACAACCGGUGACAUGCAGGAGGAUGUACAGCUGCGACAAAACGGGGCCACCCGUUUGGUGGAUCAUGCGCCAAUCGGGCCGGAUGCCGUCGGUGGCGCUGGAGGAAAGCGAGAAGGUACGAUCGAGCCACCAGCGCUGGCACCCCCGGCUGCACCGAUGCGCUUGGUGCUGCAGAAGAAGGGCACAAUCUUCAAAAGCCGACCACUGGUCGGUUCGGCGGUCGGUGGGGCGGCCGAUACCAAGAAGCGACACGUCUACAAGCACAAAUGGGACGACAACGGCAACCCACCGGCGGGCGGUGUGGACGGCGGUGCGGUGAAUGGGGUAACGGCGGCCGGCAGUGGCACGGGCGCUAGUGUUGGUGUUGUUGGUGGUGUUGGCGUUGGCGGCGGUGUCGGUGAUGGCGGUGCCGAGUCGGGGGUUUUGUUGCAGGGUCUCGCGGUGGCUGAGGAUGCGGUGGGCGGUGAGAACACCGGAGGAUGCAGCAACGGUAGUGGGAUCUCGUCCGCCGGAGGCGUUGGUGCUGGUUCGAUUGAGUAUGACAAUGAUUUCGAUGCUGAAAGCGCACCGGUCGCAAUGGCGUCUCGCUCGAAACGGUUGCGGACCGGUUGGACUGCGGUCGCUGGUGGCGGAGGUGCGGUGGCCUCGGGCGGCCCUGGGCUUGGCGGUAACAUCGCUGGCGGCACGCACGCAGGGGGUAUGAGCAGCACUGGGAGUGGCAGCGCUAUCGGUAGCCAAGGUUCGUUCGGUCACUAUCAGGAGUGUGAUGUGGACAGUAGUGGCGGCCACCAGCACCAUGACGAGCCGGCCGGUGGCGGUGAUGAAAGCGGCCGGAUGCGCUGUGACCGGAACGCCAAGCCGUUCUACACCAUCGUGCGCAACGUGAAGAACUCGCAUCAGAUGCAGGAGAUCGGCGAGUUCCAGGAGAUGGACGACGACGUCGAGUACAUCCUGAGCGCGCUGCAGCCGGACAAUCCCGUCUCGACGCGCUGCCUGUCGGCACUGCAGCUCGCCACCAAGUGUAUGAAGCCGGCGUUCAAGAUGCACGUGCGGGCGCACGGUGUGGUGACGCGCUUCUUCAAGUCGCUCUCGGAUGCGCACCAGGACGCGAGCCUCGGUCUCUGCACGGCCGCGAUCAUGUACGUCUUCUCGCAGGACAAGCUGAACAUGGACCUCGACCGGGACUCGCUGGAGCUGAUGCUCAACCUGCUCGACACCGACCACCGCUCGGACGCCGUCGGCCAUACGCAGCAGCUGCAGAAGAUCCGCCAGCGCGUCAAGGAGCUGUGCGAGGAGAUCAAGGGCGUCGGCAAGGCGGCGAAGCACAUCGACACGGAGCGUGUGACGGCCGGCUCGCUGGCGAUGGAGUCGCUGCUGUCGCUUACCUCGCAGCGGGCCGGCGAGUGGUUCAAGGACGAGCUGCGCAACCUGGGCGGCAUCGAGCACCUGAUCAAGACGGUGGCCGAGUGCUACGAGCGUGUCCCGCCCGGUCAGGCGAGCGACUGGCACGAGGAGACGGUGGCAAAGCUGCGCAAGAUCGAGCGCUGCCUACGCGUGCUCAACAACGUCAGCCUGCUCAACCGCCAGAAUCAGCGCUUCCUGCUCGAGCACCGGGACGGUCUGCUGGUGCAGGUGCUGGUCAAGAUGUACCGCCAGUUCGACGCGAACCUGAUGCGCUACCCAACCGACGAUGCUAGUCCGAAGGAGAGUACCGGCGUGGUGCUACGCGAGCUGCUCAAACCGAUCCUGCACAUGCUCAUCACCCUGACCCACUCUUUCGACGAAGAAGCUUACGGAGCCCACCUCGUCGGCAAACAGCCGGACGUGAUCAACAUCACCAUGCACCUGUUGCUGCAGAUAGCCGAGUGCGUACCGCAUCGGUGCGUGUUCGAUUUUCAUCUGCUGGUGCUCACCCUACUGCUGCACCUGGCACGCCCAAGCCAGCACAACCGCCAGCAGGUGCUACUGUACCAGGAUGCGCAGACGGGUCGCGGAGGCAUCAAGGCGCUGGUGGAGUAUUUCGAAGAACAGGAGGAAAUGGCUAGUCAUGCAGAGGCCAAAACGAAUGCCAUCCUUGAGACACCGGCCCGGACCGUCGACGCGGAGGACGCCGAAACGAAAUUGAUGCAAAAGGCCGAACAUCAUAUGGAGCACACGUACAUGGGCAGCCACGUAUGCAUGCUGAUCUAUCACUUGGUGCUGGACGAGCCCGUCCACGAGCACGUCGCUCGGUUACAUUUGAAAAAUAACGACUUCCGGCGCAUGGUGGCGGCACUCAGCAGAUACUACGAGUUUCUGAACCUCACCACCAACGCGGAUGCGGAGAGCACGGCACACAAACGUCAAACGAAGGACGCCAUCGACUAUCUGAGCCGGUUGGAUGGUUGCGAAACCGCCGGAGGUGGAGUGACGCGCAGUGGAAGUGAGACAACGGCCGCACUGCCUCAUUCACUAGGGGAGUAAAUCCAGCCCCGUAAGCAUCCCGCCGGUGGCCUCUCUUAACUUCUCGUCACUAGUGCGAUACGUUUAAAAUGAGGUGGAUUUGGCACCGAUCGAGUGAGUACCACUCUGUGCGAACGUUAAUUUAUGCUUCCGGGUCCGUCGGAAGCGGCUGUAAUUGUACUGGUUGUACGGUAUUGGUAAGAGGGACGGUAAAAGGGUACACCGGAAACAUUCAAACUGUCUGGCUUUGGGGUCAAUUUUCAAGUGCUUUCAAUUGAUAACAACCAUUUUCGCUGAUCUUAUUUAUGCUCCUUCCUACAAAAUUCAUGGUUUAUAAAUUCUGAGUUCUUUCAAAUUGACCGCAAAGCCACGCAUUUGUUCUUUUCCAGCUUGCCCCACUUACUAUUUGUCAAAGUGUAUGUUUUUUUUACGCGGACAACUCCGAUCUGUUGCGGGUGUUACAGCCUUUACAAAUCAACGGGCAACUCUCGCACCAGUAUAUUUUUCUACUUAAAAGGCUACGUUUGCUUACCUUUAUGCUUACCGAAAAGCACUUGGAGUUCCAAGCAGUAAGCAUGUUAAGUGCUUUACAGUAGGCUUGCUUCGUUUGACGGUUCAAAAAUGCUACUGCAAUUGUCUGUUGAUUUGUAAAAUCUGUAUCACUUUUACGUUUAAUCUCUUACGACUUAAUUAUUUUGAAACAAUAAAUUUCCAAAUCUGGAAGUUUUGUCCUCUG